AGCCACACACCAAAUAUCAAAUCUCUCAGCCUGACGUACGUUCUGUACUUCCGGGAGAAACGUUGACAUUGCACUGUCAAGUGAAAGAGGCCACCACCAUCACUUGGACUAAAGAUGGGAAACGUUUGGUGCCCAAUAACCGGACAGUCAUUACUGGGGAGACUCUGUGGAUUAAAGAUACGACACCCAGAGAUUCUGGCCUUUAUGCUUGCACUGUUAGGAUUGCAGACAGUGAAAGUUUCUACUUCAUUAUAAAUGUCACAGAUGUUCUUUCAUCUGGAGAUGAUGAAGAUGACAAUGAUGCCUCUGAGGAUUUUGUGAAUGACAGCAACCCAACCAAAGGACCUAUGUGGACAAACACUGAGAAAAUGGAGAAGCGCUUACAUGCUGUUCCAGCAGCUAACACAGUCAAAUUUCGUUGUCCAGCUCUAGGAAACCCCCAACCAACCAUGAGAUGGUUAAAAAAUGGGAGAGAAUUUAAGCAAGAGCACCGGAUUGGUGGAUUUAAGGUACGGAAUCAGCACUGGAGUCUUAUAAUGGAGAGCGUUGUCCCAUCAGACAAAGGAAAUUAUACCUGUAUUGUUGAGAAUAUCCAUGGAUCCAUCAAUCACACAUAUCACCUUGAUGUUGUUGAACGAUCACCACACAGGCCUAUCCUCCAAGCUGGUUUACCAGCCAAUACCUCUGCAGUUGUUGGGAGCGAUGCUGAGUUUGUCUGCAAAGUUUAUAGUGAUGCCCAGCCUCAUAUCCAAUGGAUAAAACACGUAGAAAAGAAUGGAAGCAAAUAUGGACCAGAUGGACUACCACAUUUGGAAGUUUUAAAGCAUUCGGGGAUAAAUAGUUCCAAUGCUGAAGUGCUGAAACUGUACAAUGUGACAGAGGAGGAUGCUGGAGAAUAUAUUUGUAAGGUCUCCAAUUAUAUAGGGGAGGCCAACCAGUCUGCCUGGCUUGUGGUUCAGCCAGAUAAAGCUUCAGUCACAAACAAACCUUAUCCAACAUAUCCGGACUACGUGGAGAUUUCCAUCUACUGCUCGGGAGUCUUCAUCAUUAUUUGUAUGGUGGUGGCCGUUUUCGUGUGCCGCAUGAGAUCUACAACCAAGAAAUCAGACUUCAGCAGUCAACCUGCGGUACACAAACUGACAAAGCGCAUUCCUUUGCGCAGACAGGUAACAGUGUCUGCAGAAUCAAGCUCUUCUAUGAACUCCAAUACACCAUUGGUGAGAAUUACUACCCGUCUUUCUUCCAAUGCUGACGCUCCCAUGUUGGCUGGAGUUUCUGAAUAUGAACUACCAGAAGAUCCAAAAUGGGAAUACCCAAGAGAUAAGUUGACGCUAGGGAAGCCUCUUGGGGAAGGAUGCUUUGGGCAGGUUGUCAUGGCAGAAGCAAUGGGCAUCGACAAAGACAGGCCAAAAGAAGCGGUUUCUGUUGCAGUGAAAAUGUUGAAAGGUAAAAGAAUCAAGUGACAAGUUCUGCAAAUCAUAUUUCUUUUCGUGGUCUCUGAAGUCUUAAAUUGUAGAAGCCCCAAAUUCAUUUAGUUCACUGUGGGCUUCAGCAGUUUUCCUAGUAAAUCAAUAUAUUCGGCAAUGUAUUUAAUUUUAG